AUGAUUCAUAAAGUUGACGAGAAUCUCAGUAAAGAAACGCACAAUGGCAGGUUUGACUACAAGGUGAAAGAGGAUGGGGGUUCUACCGUUCAAAUCGAGACAUAUCACCGCAACAUAAAAAUGUCGGAUUUGAAAGAAGAUCAGUUCAAUGCAUUUUGCUUCCAAGGUGAAUACGGGCAAGAUCACAUUACAGAAUUAAAGAAAUUGAAGGCUACAAUCGACUGCAUACGCAAUGCAAAGACCGUGUCGAAAAAUAUUUAUCUGAAAUCAUACGGAAGUAAAGCACAAUUUGACAAGAAGAUGGCUGAAACUGAAUAUCUAGCAGAUGUUACCAGAGGCAUGUUGUCAGAUAUUUUUGACAAACAAGAAACCAAGCCUGAGGAUUAUCAGUGGAUCCAGAGGAAUUUAUACAAUGGUUAUGCGGACGUCAAUCAUCCAGGGACCCAGAACAGCCUUUUGAAAUCAGCAACAGCAGACAGCUCGGAAAUAAGCUAUCUAGAAGGUUAUUUGCAAGCUAUACGGGUUUGUCUUGGAAACAGAUCAGCAACAAAACAAGAACGGAUUGUCUUGAGUUUGGGGAGGGCUGAGCAAGCCGGCUUUACGAUCACCAAGGAUGAAGUUGAUCUAGUAGAAAAGAUUUCUAAGAUGUCUCACACUAUAAUCAAUCCCGACAGCGAGGUCCUGCUUUCAGGCGCAGAGAAGGAACUAUUGGGAAAGAUUUCUCUUAAUACAAUUUCAGUUAGACGAACAAAUUAUAUAAACAGGCUGAGGAAGGAAUUUAAAGUACUCCAGAGGGAACUAAAAUCAGGGCAACAUAAACAGGAAGAUUUGGAGCUUAUCAUUGAGGCACUCAAAGAAUUAUAUUUCAAGGAAGCAAAAGGCCAAUUAUGGACAGGAGAUGAUGAGACAUUGCUGAUCAAUCUGAAGAGGUUAAGCAGAGAUCUAACAGUAGGGGGGCUUGAACAACUUGUGAAAAAUCUCAGAAACCAGAAAGCUUACAAUGUACUGAAAGGCAAAGCAGUUAUCCCAAGAACUCCAGAUGAGAUUCAGCUUCUGAACAAAUUGAGGAAAAACAUUAAAACAUAUCAAGAAAUUCCCCCAGAGAAAAAUACAGAAGAGCUUACAGAACAAGAGACUGCUGAAGUUGAAAAAUUAGCAAAUCAGUAUUAUUGGAUGAAGCAGCAGCUUUGGAAAAAUAGGGAAUAUGAUCCAGUAGGAAGUGUAAUGCAAGCAAUGAAGAAUGAGGUUCUCUCCUUGCAGAAGCUAUCAAUUGAAUUCUUGGAAUCAAGAAGAGAAGCACUAGAUUCCAGUCAAGAGAUCCUCUUAAAAAAGUUAAAACAUGGGAUUCCAGAAUUGAAAAUUGGAGGAGUGGCCAUGUCAACAACUGAAAAGGAAGUAAGAAAACAUGAAAUAGAUCUACCUCAUUGUGACAAAAUACAAAGACUUGAGGAGUCACUCAGAUCUUCAAAUGAUAUUGAAUUCAUCAAAGAUUACACUGUCAAACAAAAGCAUCAAAUGUUCUAA